AGAAAAUAUUGCACCGACCGUAACUACUGCCACUUUCAGUUUCUCCCUCACUUUAAAAACCCCUCACUUUUCUCAUCAACCGCUCUUCAUCACUCCACCCUUCGCCGGAACCCCGCCGGCUGUUUCGCCGCAAUCCAAAUUCUUCAAGAGGGUCUCUCGAUUUUUCCCUCAUUCAUAUUUCAUUCGUUACGUUCCAUCCAAAAUUUCACGAUUUAUGCCGCCGCUCCAUGCUCACAUAAAACGUGCGCGUCUGUGUGUGUGUGUGUGUGUGAGUCUGCAUUUAGGUGGAAGUUUCGCAUUGUGGCUGGAUUUUAAUGAAAUGAAAGAAUUGCGGGUCUUUGAAUGUUGUCAUCAAGAUUAUUAAAUUUUAAUUUUUUUUUAAAUUAGAAAAUCUUGAUUUCUCGAGGCGAUUGCAUUUAAUACCAGUUUUUAACCAUUUAGAUUCGCCUUGUUUUGCGCAAGGACAGCUUCAAAUUAGUCAAAAUCAUAUCUUUAUUAUAUUUCUUCUGAACUAUAUAUAUUCUACUGUAGUGGAUAUGAUACGACAUUUAGCAUCUUCGGUCACAUUCAUCUAGCACCAGUUUCUUCACUUCCUCUGUCAAGGCUCCAUUGCUUGAGAAUGAAGUGUUGAUGGUAUGAAAAUGUGUAAAUUGGAAGAUGGGGUUGAGACAGAUGAGAGUCAUAGCCAUUGGAAUGUGGGGAUGAAUCCCUUGGGUGAAAAGCAAGUUGCAGAGACCAUGUAUUUGAGGGUCUCUCAUGCUAGAAUGAAGCUAUGGACUCUGAGAUUAAUCACCACAUUAUUGAUAUGGACAUGUGUUAUUCAAUUGGUGGCAGUUGGAGAGGUUUGGGGGCCAAAGUUGUUGAAGAGUUGGCCUUCUUGUUCCAUUCAUGAUGCAACUAAUGUAUCUUCUUUUCAGCCGAAACAACCUCAUCUUCCACCUAAGAGAGUAUAUAACAAUAAUGGUUACCUUAUUGUUUCUUGCAAUGGAGGGCUCAACCAAAUGCGAGCAGCUAUUUGUGAUAUGGUUGCAAUAGCCAGAUAUCUUAACAUCACUCUUAUUGUCCCUGAAUUGGAUAAAACUUCAUUUUGGGCGGAUCCGAGUGAUUUUCAGGACAUAUUCGAUGUUGAUAACUUCAUUUUAUCGUUGAGGGAUGAGGUUCGGAUACUGAAAGAACUUCCACCACGGCUUAAAAGGAGAGUAGAGCACGGGAUGUUCCACGAGUUGCCUCCUGUUAGUUGGUCAAAUAUUACUUACUACCAUCAGCAGAUUCUUCCACUUCUUAAAAGGCAUAAAGUUGUACGCUUGAAUAAAACUGAUGCUCGCCUUGCCAACAACGGAUUGCCACUGGAAAUUCAGAAGCUACGUUGUAAAGUGAAUUUCAGUGCCCUGAGAUUUACUGCCCAAAUCGAGGAGUUGGGUAGAAAAGUGAUCGGGAUGCUGAGACGAAAGGGUCCUUUCCUGGUGCUCCACCUUAGAUACGAAAUGGACAUGCUGUCCUUCUCUGGCUGUACACAAGGCUGCAAUACCGAUGAGGUGAAUGAACUGACUACAAUGAGAUAUUCUAACCCUUGGUGGAAGGAGAAAGUCAUAGAUCCAGACCUUAAAAGGAAAGAUGGUCUAUGCCCUUUGACACCUGAAGAAACUGCUCUAGUGCUGAAGGCUCUUGGUAUCGAUCCUAAUGUUCAAAUAUACAUAGCUGCAGGAGAGAUUUAUGGUGGAAAAAGGCGACUGACAAGUUUGGCUAACGCGUUCCCCAAUCUGGUUAGAAAGGAGAUGUUGCUGGAACCCUCGGAUUUAUCGUUUUUCAGGAAUCACUCGUCACAGAUGGCAGCUCUGGAUUAUCUUGUUUCGUUGGAGAGUGAUGUUUUUGUUCCCACGUACGAUGGAAAUAUGGCUAAAGUUGUAGAAGGACACCGCAGGUAUUUAGGUUUCAAGAAGACUAUUCGACUUGACAAGAGAAUUUUGGUUGAUUUGAUCGAUCAAUACAACGAAGGCACGUUGAGCUGGGAUGAGUUCUCAUCCCGUGUGAAGGAGGCUCAUGCAAACCGAGUGGGGAGCCCAAAGAAGCGCACUACGAUUCCAGAUAAACCGAAGGAAGAAGACUACUUCUACAGCAACCCACAAGAAUGUCUUGCUGCAGAUAUUUGACAAUCGUGUGUAGACUAACAUCGACAGCACACAGCUCGUGUGUAGAUUAGGAGAGCAAAUGUUUGCAGGCGGGUGAGGACGAGGACGAGGAUGAGGUCGGCCUUUACACAAUUCUUUUACAAUUUUGGUUUAAGAAUCUGUACAGAUUUGAACCACCCUUUGAGUUGCAGGGUUGUAGAAACCUCUGUUGGGCAUAAUGAAAAAAAUGUCUGCUGCUGAUUGUUGGAUAGUGUAUUUGAGAAACAUGUUUUGGAUGAGUAACCAUCUUUUUUAGGUU